UGUGCAUGACACCGAUUUCUCCUGGCUGAAAGCGACUGUUGUAUCAAUUUCGGUAUGGCUGUUAAUGUGAGUGGUCCAGGACAUGUAAUUGGUCGCCAAAAUUAUAUAAAUGUGCCAUGAGCACUGUUUGGGAGUUGAAGGGUGUCUCCCUGGCAAAGAUACGACCGUCCAUCGAAAAGAAGUAGUGGAAGUGGGCCCAAAACACUCCGGCACUUAAUGCUUGCUAGUUCGCGAUAAGCCGAAUCUCAUGCUGAGAGCUCCAAUUAAUUUGCUUGGAUUUAUGGCCUAUCUCUUCUAGUCCUAGCCACGUCCCCACUACUGCAACCACGCUCAACGCUAUCACAAUUGAUAUCGUGUGCCUGCUGCAUGGCUGACGCUGGUCCGACGCUCUCCGACGGGGAUAUGAAUGCUGUGGGCACCACUAGAACUUGAAUGAUACGAUGGCUGGUCCUUGUAUACGGUGGCACUGGAAAGCUAGGUCUCCUUUUUAAUUUCCUUCUCUCCCCGGCGCAUGGCGUUGCACGUAACUACUAUGAAUCUCUUGUUGCACUGGGAGUGUAACCGUAUCCCUUCUCCUUAACCAGUCCCACCGUGACUAGAGGGCUCGGCAUAAUGCAUUUCCUCUCACGCAUCAGUGCUGUGAUGCUCGUAGCAUCGUGGCCCUCGCUCAGCUGUGCGAUCCAUCUACCCAGGCCGGUUCCUCCGCCGGUCUCUCGACCGGUCUCGAUGCUAUCCUCGGCGGUUGAAGGCGAAGCAACCUUCGAGCAACUCUUAGAUCACCAUGACUCCUCAAAAGGGACCUUCUCGCAGCGUUACUGGUGGAGUACAGAGUAUUGGGGUGGCCCCGGCUCACCGGUAGUAUUAUUCACUCCCGGUGAAGCCUCUGCCGAUGGAUAUGAGGGCUAUCUCACCAAUAACACAUUGACUGGUCUGUACGCACAGGAAAUUCAAGGUGCUGUGAUUCUGAUUGAGCACCGUUACUGGGGUGGCUCGUCGCCCUUUGAGGAACUCACAGCCGAGACGCUGCAGUAUCUUACCCUGGAGCAGUCCAUUUGGGACUUAACCUAUUUCGCCGAAACAGUUCAGUUGGAAUUUGACACUUCCAAUAGUAGCAAUGCCCCGAAAGCGCCAUGGGUGCUGGUCGGUGGGUCAUACAGUGGUGCUUUGGCAGCUUGGACUGCAGCCGUCGCUCCAGAGACGUUCUGGGCUUAUCAUGCCACAAGCGCUCCUGUUCAAGCUAUUGACGAUUUUUGGCAAUAUUUCGAUCCCAUCCGUCAUGGCAUGGCACCAAACUGUAGCAGAGAUGUCUCGCUGGUGGCAAAUCACAUUGAUAGCGUCGGGAAGAAUGGAUCUAUUGCGGAACAAUCUGCUCUAAAAGAGCUUUUCGGCUUGGGAGCUCUCGAACACUAUGAUGAUUUUGCCGCUGCCCUUCCAAUAGGACCCUACCUGUGGCAGGAUAACACAUUUGUGACUGGAUAUUCCGGUUUCUUUGCCUUUUGCGAUGCUGUUGAGAAUGUCGAAGCUGGCGCGAGUGUUGUCCCGGGCCCAGAAGGUGUUGGUUUGCAGAAGGCUCUUACCGGCUAUGCGAACUGGUUCAAUUCGACCAUCCUUCCAGGUUAUUGUGCCAACUAUGGAUAUUGGACGGAUAACCGGACUGUCGCCUGCUUCGACACCCAUAAUCCAUCCAGUGCCAUUUUUACGGAUACCUCUGUCAAUAAUGCCGUCGACCGACAAUGGCAAUGGUUUCUCUGCAAUGAACCUUUCUUCUGGUGGCAGGACGGUGCCCCGGAGGGUGUCCCUACAAUCGUACCUCGCACUGUCAAUGCAGCGUACUGGCAGCGUCAGUGCCCACUAUAUUUCCCCGAGGUGAAUGGCUACACCUACGGCAGUGCAAAGGGAAGGACUGCUGCAACUGUCAACAAUUGGACAGGCGGAUGGUCCGAAACCAAGAACACCAGUCGCUUGCUCUGGGUGAAUGGACAAUACGAUCCGUGGCGCGAUUCGGGUGUCUCAUCGACCCAUCGCCCUGGUGGGCCUCUGACGAGCACCGCUGAUGAGCCAGUGCAGGUCAUUCCUGGUGGAUUUCACUGCUCGGACUUGUAUCUCAAGGAUUACCAUGCAAAUGUAGGGGUGAAGCAAGUGGUCGACAAUGCGGUAGCUCAGAUCAAGUCAUGGGUAGCUGAGUACUACAAGUAGAGACGGGUACAUACAGAUGAUACCUGAAGUGAGAUGCCGUUUGUCAGUUUGGAUGCGCUCUUAUAAUCACCAACAUGCAACGUGAAAGACAACAGGUUUAAGUUGAGAGUCCUACUAGGCUGAUUAUCUUUCAGACACUCCUGACAUAGUUAUCUCUUAGCUACUACCCAUGUUAGCCGAUGAUGUGUGUAGUGGAUGGAUAAUUGGGUAGAGGACAAUUUCAAGGGAAUUUUCAGUACGAAUACUCAUAUUCUCGAUGAUGGAAUCGAAAAGCAAGCAUCUUAGAACUAAAUAUGAGGCAUACAUGACAAGAAACCUAUGCCAGAUCUGUUACAGACCUACACAGUAAAGCUGAAUGGCAAGGAAGAAUACGAAUAGAU